AUGGACCGGCCGACUACCGGCGGGCGGCGACAGGAGGCUCGCCCUUCUGAGAGGGAGAGAGAGAUGGAGGCGAGCAGCAGCCGGAGCCGGAGCGGAAGUCUCCCCUCGAAGCGGCGCAGCGGCGGCGGCGGCGGCGGUGGCGGGGGAAGCGGGUACGGGCUGACGGGGCAGUCGCUGAACGACGACACCCUCCGUUCCAUCUUCUCACGCGUGGACGACCACUUCGACCUCGCUCACUGCUCCGCCGUCUGCAAGUCAUGGCAUACGAUUAUCAGCACAGCCCAUGUGAUGAAGGAUCUAUAUUACAAGAGGAAUCCGCAGGCAAGAGGCUCGAGUUCUACUAUUUCAGUCAAAAGUUAUUUUGAGGCGCUUGCCAUGAAUGAGCACGCAUCAACUCUUGCUAGAGGGUCUGCUGAAGUUCAUCAGUGGAUUGGUCAUGAUAUGAGGGCCACCUUGUGCCGUAUGAAAAGCGGUUCAGUCUUAACUGGAAUGGGAGAUAAGGUUCUUCGACUUUGGUCUGCUGAAAGUUGCAAAUACAUGAAUGAGUACAAUGUCCCAAAUUCCAAAAUGUUGGUUGACUUCGAUUUUGAUGAAAAUAAGAUUGUAGGUUUAACUAGUUCCCAGGUUUGCAUAUGGAAACGCAGUGGACCAAGAAGUAUAUUUCAAUCUCGUGGAGACACAUUCAAUCAUGGGUUAUGCAUGAGUUAUGCCGAUCCAGAGGUUGUAAUUGGUUGUGAGGAUGGUAGAGCCUUUGUAUAUGACAUGUACAGCAGGAGUUGUUCGAGCAUUCACCGGCUUCACCCUUCCCCGGUGACAUGCUUGGCAGUAACAGAUGACCAGCUGAUCGUUGGUGGUUCUACAUUUGGAAAUGUAGCUAUUGCAGAUCAAACCUCAGGAGAGAGGUUAGGCCUUCUAAAGUCAGCUUUUGCACCAACAGUGAUAAGAUGCUUGUCUUUCAGUGCAAAUUCACACUUAAUAUUCGCGGGCUCAUCUUCUGGUUAUGCACAUUGCUGGGACUUAAGGACCCUGAGGCCUCUCUGGGAAACAAGAGUUAGCCCAAAUGUCAUCUACAGUGCACAUCAUUUGCCUGGUGACACUUCGAUGCUGGUGCUCGGUGGUAUUGAUGGAGUCCUACGCCUGGUAUGCCAGAGAACUGGUGAGACUAUUCGAAGCUUCAUCAUGGAUGCAGGCUACCCAGCACAGUCCAGCUCCAGGCCACAAGCUGAACAGAAGAAUGUCCGCCCAGCGGAAUCUGGCCCCAGGCAGCAAGUCGAAAAGAAGAGGGUCCGUGAAAUUGCUCCGGAUGCCCGGCUGGACAACAUUCCUAUGCACCUGCGCCCACCAAUCACCGGUCUGUCGGUCGGCAUGAAGAAGAUCGUGACCACGCACGGUGAAAACUACAUCCGCGUCUGGAAAUUUCACUCGUAG